GCACUUAGAAGCUGAAGCGGAUCUGUGUGUGGAGAAUAGGGGACCAUGGCAGAAAGGCUGUGUGCUGUAAUAUACUUUCUUGGGUUGAUCAGUUUGGUCACCACUUCUUCAGUCAAGCCACAUAUCUAUACAGCUGGAUCUUCUCCCAUAACCUCAACACUUGAAGUGCAUGGGAUAUCUACAUUCGCUCAUGGUCUACCUGGACAUGAGGAGUCGAUUGAGAGGAGGGAUGUUUUACACCAUGGCAAUAAGCAUUCAACAAGAACUGAACUACCAAACAGCCAGGGGACAAAUUCUCCUCCUCUGACAGGAGUAGCGAAACCGAAUCACGGAAAAUGGUGUUCAGUAGUGAAAAGCCAAGUAGUGUCAUACGUGGAUUUGUGCAAAACAGAAAAAUAUUUGAUAAGGUCUCAGCAGCCCUGUCCGUUUGGAACUCCGGACUGCCAAAAGACUAUGUACAGAAUCGCGCAACGACCAGUUUAUGAAAUAAAAAGAAAGUUUGUCACCAGUUUAGAAUGGAAAUGCUGCCCUGGAUAUACUGGUUCAACCUGUGAAUAUGCUGAUCCCAAUUCUAUUCCCAUUCCAGUGGAACACAUAUCCAAGGCUGAAACAACACAAGAAUCCCCAGUAAAUGCAGAGGUGACAGAAAUCAUUCAAGAAGUAGAAAGCCAAGAGAGUCUACUGGAGGAUAUACAGAAUGACAUUCAUCAGGCUGCCAGUCAUCUCAUGGAGCUACAGAAUGCUCUGGGACAUAAUGUCACUACUGCCUUCCCUGAGAGCCACAAUGAUUCAGACAUUACAGAAAGGAAAGAUGAGCGCCUCCUCCGAGAAGUAUUUCUACCACAUGUGGAAAACUUCUUAAAGGCUCAUUUCAACCCUGUGUGGAACAGCUUCAACAAAAGUCUUCAGAAUCUGAAUAGCAUGGUCAAGAACCUCUCUGAAAAUGUUGAAUCCAACAGAAAGAGAUUGGAUACAUUCCUGGAGAAUACUGUACCCAAGAAAGACCUUUAUGAGUUGGGAACAAAAUUUGAAUCAAAGGUUCAGGAAAAUGUUGACAAACUUGAUCAGCUAAAACAUGAAAUGGCCAACCAUUUUCAUACACAGCAGGCUGUGAUGCACUUUAACUUCACCAUGCUUAAAGCAGACACAGACAUGAAGUUGAAGAGAAACUUGAAGUUGCAACAAACACAGUUUUCCUAUUUGAACUUUAGCAUUAGUGAGCUCCAAAGGGGUCAGGAACAGAUUCAGGAUAAUAUAUUAGAUUUCUCUCAGAAUAUCACAUUGCAUUGUGCACCAAGAGACAGAGAAGUGGUAACAACUACAACUAUUAAUGAUACUCUUAAUGUGCAUGAGAAAGAGAUUCAAGAUUUGCUAUCUGAGCAAGAUGUCAUUUUUGAGAAUAUUUCUACUUUGGAAAAAUGGAUUAAAGAGCUUCGCACAGACUUUAAAAAAAAUUCUGAAAGGGUUCAGGUUCAGUUUAUGGAGAAAAGUCUAAUUAUGGAGGAAAAUAAAGUCUUAAUUCAACGGCAGAUAAUGGAACUUAACUACACUCUUGCUAGUACACAAGAAAGUAUUGAUGAGCUUUUCAAGGAUUGUGACUGUCAUAAAAUGAACUCAGAUAUUCUUGCUCUUGUGGAAAUACAGAGGAAUUUCUCUAACCAGUUUAGGGACAUUUUGUAUGGAUUUGAAGAUGUGAAACAAAAAGAAGGUAGUUCAAAGAUAUCACUGCAAAACUCAGUUGAAGAUCUCUCAUUGGAACUCCAGCUUAACCGUCAGUCUCUCACAGCCCAACAAGAACAGGGGCGGAACCUCAUGCUUAUCACCACACAGCUGCAAUCUCAAGCCACAAACUUUACUCAUGAUGUUAGAUUUCUCAAAUUGGAAAAUGAUCAGAUCCAUAAUCAUAUCAAACAUCUGAAAAGUUCAUUUAGCUCUCUAUUGGAAGAUGCGAUAAGACAUGAGAGAGUCUUCGAAGCACUGCUGGGUGAAGAAGUUCUAGACCUUUUUUCCGAAGAUAACCCUGAGGCAAUACAAGUAUCAAUAGCAAAAAUAUAUGAAAUGCUAAAUAGUAAUGUAGAUAGGAUAGACCGGCAUCAGAUAACAAUAGAUUCAAUUUCUGACCGAUUGAACUUUCUGGAGAUGCAGACUCAAAAAGACAAUUUACUAGCUACAGCCACAAUUGUCAAUGUUGAACAACACAGUGAAGAAAAGACCUAUUAUGGUUCUUUCCACCAAGGAAAUGUAGCUCACAUGGAACCAAGCCACGAAGCAUCGAAGGAUACUGAUGAGUCUGAAUAUAGUGAUGUUGCCAUCUUGAAAAAGGACAUAAAAAAUCUUACUGAGAAAAUAAAUAAGCUGGAGUCCUAUUUUGUUGAAGGGCAUAUUUAUAAUGGUACGAUUGAAGCUACAAUAAAACCACUCGGUUCUUCCAUUGCCUCCAUUAAAGAGGACAUUGCAAACCUAAGAGAUGUUUAUAAUGGACAUAUACAGUUAUUCCACAAAAUCUUUGGAAAUUAUGAAGCUCUUGUUUCCUCAAAUGUGACUCUCGACAUUGCUCAGAUUCAGUCUAUUAUUGAUAAGAAAACAAAAAAGAAACUGAAAGCAGCAGAAUUACAGAAUAAAAAAAAUGAUAAAAAGCAGAGAGAUGGCCAAUAG